CUCCAUCCCAAUCCCGCCUCGGCCGCGUUCGAACCUCCGCCGCCGCCGCCGUUGCAGGGAUGUCGCUCUGCUGCUGCAGCGCUGGAAGCCGCCGCCUUCUCCUCCCACGCCUCUUCCUUGGCCAGCACCACCGGCUCCGCCGCCCCCUCCUCCACCUUCGCGGCGCCUCAACCGCGGCCGCCGCGGCCUCUUCCUCCACCGCAUCCCUCUCGCCGGCGCAGCAGCGCCAGGUCUCCCUCUAUGUGGACGCUCUCCUCGAAUGGAACCAGAGGAUGAACCUUACCGCCAUCACAGACGAGGCCGGGGUCAUGACGCGCCACGUGGCGGACUCCCUCGCGGUGCUGCCGCCGCUCGAGCGCGCGUACACCUCCCGCGGCGGCGACGUUGCCGGCAUCAGCCUUAUCGAUGUCGGCUCUGGCGCCGGGCUACCCGGACUCAUCCUUGCCGUUGCGCGGCCAAGCUGGAAAUUCACACUGUUGGAGUCGAUGCGGAAGCGAUGCACGUUCUUGGAGCAUGCAGUUGAGCUCAUGGAGCUGUCGAAUGUGGAUGUAGUCUGUGACCGAGCUGAGAACGUUGGCCAAAGUCAUGAUUUCAGAGAGGCGUUUGAUGUAGCAGCUGCAAGAGCCGUUGCAGAACUCAAAGUUCUAGCCGAGUACUGUCUCCCGUUGGUCCGUGUCGGUGGUUUAUUUAUAGCUGCUAAAGGGCACGACCCUCAUGAAGAAAUAAGAAGUGCAAAAGCUGCAGUUCAUACACUGGGUGCAUCCAUGCUAGAUUUGUGCAAUGUUGAAUCAAUGGGACCUCAUGGCCAACGAACGGCAGUUGUAUACCUAAAGGAACGCGCCACUCCAAAGAAAUACCCUCGGCAUCCAGGUACUCCUUCUAAGACACCAUUAUGAAAGCAUGUUGACUGUCUUGUAGAAAUACAAUGACCAAAACUCGAUACAUUGGCUGCUCUCCCUCCUCCGAAGGACAUCCACUGGAAUGCAAUUGCUCUUAAAGCGUGAUAGAAGUACUUAGCUACCUGACAUCUAUUAUUUUCUCAUGCAAAUUAUAUUGUGCUACACUGAAUUAGACUUGAAAAGCCGUAAUGUUCGUUUUGUAAGCACAAACAUUGCAUGUUUGUUGUUUGGAAGGAGACUGGUUCCUUACUCCAUGUAUGGUGUAUCUGUAGCAAAAGGGAAAUUCAGAUAUUCUACUAGAGAAUACUGUUGUGUUUUAUUGUUGACGCCGCGUUUCUCUGGAGAAUAGAGAAAUCGAGGUUGUCUUCAUCUGAUGCAGAAUGUCAUCCGGGGAAAUUGUAUAACUGGAUUGAACCAGAGUCUUCAACUGCUACAACUCGUACAACUUGUUUAAAUAAAUUUGUUGUUCGUGUCGUACUCCAACGACUCUUUCCA